GCAUUAGUAAGGCUUGGAACAAUAACAGGAUGCAGGAUGGGAAAAAGGCGGACACCCAGCUGGGAAGCCUUGGAGACUGUAAAGCUGAACACUCCCUGUAUUGCUUAAUGCAGUGAAAUAACGGAUUUCACUUAGUUCUUUAUAUUCACUCUACUUUAUCCAAUCGAGGCUUGGAGGCUGAUUUUGGAUUCUUCCUGAUUUGGAAUAAAGCCCAGCCCAGGGCUUUCUUCCACAGAGAUGGCAAGAUGCUGCCUUCUCCUGCUUUCUUUGACGCUGGUUCCCACUAGUGCUCAUGGAGAAGAUUUCACAAGGACUGUUGUUAACAGCAAUAUUAACAAGCGCAUAAAGAGAGAGUGGAUCUGGAAUAAAAUGCAUAUUAUCGAAGAACACAAUGGGACUCUACCACAUCAUGUUGGGAGGAUCACAUCAACCAUCAGGAAUCCCAAUGCUAAAUACGUUCUUGAAGGGGAAGGUGCUGGGACUCUGUUCAGAGUGGAAGACAGCACUGGAGAUGUGUCUGCAAAUGAGAGGCUGGACCGAGAGAAGAAAGCUGAGUACCACUUGAAGGCUCACAUUCUUGACCGUUUCACCAAUAAGUCAUUGGAACAACCCUCCGUGUUUCGUAUCAUAGUCUAUGACAUCAAUGACAAUGCCCCAGUUUUUGUACAAAAAGUGUUUAAUGGUUCUGUCUUGGAAAUGUCACCACUAGGAACAUCAGUCACUAAAGUGACAGCUGUAGAUGCUGAUGACCCCACAAUUCUUGGCAAUACUCGUGUUUCCUACAAAGUUAUUCAGGGAAACCAAUACUUCAAAAUAGAUGAUACUGGAACAAUCUACACAGCUGUACCGGAUUUGGACAGAGAAAAAACCCCUGUUUAUACAAUUGUGGUAGAAGCAGUGGAUGGCCACGGUCUACACUCAGAAGAAUCAGGCACUGCUACAGUCCGCAUCUCACUGACUGAUAUCAACGACAACUUCCCAACAUUUAGGAAAAAAAACUUCCAUUUUGAAGUCCCUGAAAAUACCAGGUUAGACGGUGAAGUUGGUAGACUGGAAGUUGAAGACAUUGAUGAGCCACAGAACAGAAAUACAAAGUACAGUUUUGUCCAAGGACCUUACCAAGAUACCUUCAGAAUAGAACCAAACCCCUUCACAAAUGAAGGAAUAAUUAGACCUAAGAAGCCACUGGACUUUGAGAAGGUAUCCUCCUACAAGUUUGAUGUUGAAGCAACUGAUGCCGACAUUAACUAUGCAUAUUCCAGAACGAAAGGAUCCAAGAGUAUUGCAAGUGUAACCAUCAAAGUUCUCGAUGUUGAUGAACCACCUGUCUUUUCCCAACCUUUCUAUAUAUUUGAAGUUCAAGAAGAAAGUGACAUCAAAAAGGUUAUCGGAUCUGUGUCGGCACAUGACCCAGAUAGAGCAAAACGGAAAAUAAGAUAUCACAUCCUGAGAUCCAAUUAUUUCAAAAUAUCCACCACGGGAUAUAUUUCUGCCUUGAAGCCUUUGGACAGGGAAGAAAGUGCCUGGCAUAACAUAACUGUGGCAGCCAAUGAACUGGAGCAAGACAGAAUUGUGCCCAAUCUAGAAACCCACGUACCAGUUUACAUUAAAGUUACUGAUAUAAAUGACAAUGCACCAGAAUUUGCUGAUGUUUACAAUCCUAGAGUGUGUGAAAAUGCCGCACCAGGAAAGACUGUUAUCAUGAUUUCUGCUGUGGACAAGGAUGAAAUGUCACCAGGAGUGAAAUUCAGGUUUUCCUUGGUGUCUGAAGAGAGCAACUUCACUCUAAUUGACAAUCACGAUAGCACAGCGAAUGUCACCGUCAAAUACGGACAGUUUAAUCGGGAACUAGUCAAAACCCAUUACUUGCCUAUCAUCAUCUCUGACAACGGCUCACCCCAGCAGAGCAGCACAAACACCCUUGCCAUCCAUGUCUGCAAGUGCAACGAGGAAGGGGACUUCACUUUCUGCGAAGAGCCAGCAAAACAAAUGGGAGUCAGCGUCCAAGCACUACUUGCCAUCUUGGUCUGCAUCCUCACCAUCAUUGUGAUUAUGGUGCUAAUAGUUAUGAGGAAGCGACACAGGAAAGACCUGAACAUUCUCAGGAAGAAUGUGACGGAUAUCCAUGAGCAGCUGGUGGCCUACGAUGAAGAAGGUGGUGGUGAAAUGGACACCACCAGCUACGAUGUGUCAGUCCUCAACUCAGUCCGCCAGACCAGCAUGAGGUCACCCAGGAUGACCAUGGAGAACAGGCCUUGCGUGUACUCCCGUGUACAAAAGCCCCCAGGAAAUGGGAUCUCGGGCACUGGAGAAAUGGGCAUUAUGAUUGAGAUGAAAAAAGACGAAGCUGACAACGACGGGGAUUUGCUGCCAUAUGACACUCUCCACAUAUAUGGUUAUGAAGGGGCUGAGUCCAUUGCAGAAUCCUUAAGCUCUUUGGGAUCAGGAUCCUCAGACUCUGACAUCGACUAUGAUUUUCUGAAUGACUGGGGUCCCAGGUUUAAAAUGCUGGCAGAGCUUUAUGGGCUGGAACCCAGUGAAGAUCUUCUGUAUUGAGCGUUCUGUAUUGACAGGUUCCCCCAGCCUUAGCCACAGACAAUGUGGCUAAGAAAAUGUUGGUUCAGAAGACGGAACCAACUAGCAAUUCCUGCAUUCCCAAUACCUAAAUCAGCUCAACAUACUUUUUUCUGAGCAGGUUUACAUGACCAGGAUGAUAGACAGCAAAAGCGAUGACUUUUGAGCACUUCAGAAGGGACUCCAUGAGCAUACUAAUGCAUCCUGCACAUGAGGGAGGACCCUGAUUGGGCCACAUAGAGUCCUUUCUGGUGCACUCUGACACAUGUAUGAACAGCAAGGGCAGGGCUAGAUCCCAAGGCACACACACAUUUCAAAGUGUGGCUCUUUCCCAGCCAAGCAUUAAUGAUCCUUUCUUGCUUAUUUUAGUUACUUAGAAUAUCUGCCCUUUUAAGUCAAAACCCACCCAUGAUUCUGGAAGGAACAAUUUCUGGGACUUCAGGGAGUGCAAAUUUCCUAGUCUCGAGUGUAGGUUUCAUUUGAUUGCAACUUCCAUUAUGCAUGUAUAUACAGGCUAACUUUUUAUUCAUUUUUAAAUGCUUUUUUUUUCAAACACAGCUGAAGAAAUUCAGCUGCAUCAGGGAACUUUUCCAAGUUACAAGCCUCAUUAACUGUGAAACUAUCUUAACACUUUUCUUCUUGCUGGUGCCCCCCACCCCUUCUUCCAGGUACUGUAAACAUGGAUAUUUCAAGCAUUUGAUGCUUCCAAGACACCAAUAGGAGAUUCAUCACUGAUUUGACCUUUCCAAAACUAGCCUAGACCUUUCCCAGGUGCUGUGUUGCCUGUUAUCCAGUGGAGGCUGGUGUCCAUUGAGACUGGAAGAGCAGAAGAUAAGGAGGCCAACAGUAGGGGGCACUAAAGCGAGUGAUAGGAGGGGCCAACUAAUUCUAGUUUUGUACCUAUUCUCCUCUCUGCUGAGUUAGACAAUGGCAGCUCUGAGACUAAGUAUGAGGAGGCUGACAGCCUGUGCUACCUCUUGGACCUGUGAGGAAGUAGGUAGGUGGGGGCCAGCUGAGGACAGGCUGAACUUGGAGGGGACAAUGCCCCACUUGCCCCAGUGGACUAGUCUCCAUUGCUGUUACCUCCUCCCCCAGUCUACAUUACAACUGUGCCCUGAUAUCUACUGCUUCUUCAUCCGCCGAGUUCCUCCCCCCCCCAACCAUCCCCAUUCUUCUGUUUACCAUGUUGUCUAAUGAAGACUUCUUUUUGAAAAACUCCAAAUCUUCCCACCUAUUGUGUGAUAUUUUGGUUGCCCUGAUACAGAUUUUCUUGUUUUCUAAUGGGCCAGCAUGACUACCUUUACUUUUUCUGUGAGCAGGGUAUACUCAUUUUCACUAGCAUGCAAAAUCCAAACUAUACAUAUAAGUAUGGUUCUACUAAAUAAUGUAUGGCUAUUAUUUGUUUAACAAAAUAUUCCUACUAAUGAAAGUAGUUGGGUGUAAUUAAUGUAUGUGAUGUUUAACCAGUGAGGUUAACUAUAAAAUCAUUUAAAGCUAUUGUAAGGCAAUUGUAAACGAUAUCCAGUUUUUAAAGUGUCCUAUGAUCCUUGUAUUUUGUAAUCUGUUUGUGUUAAAAGCUACUCUACUGUACAUCAAUGGUUUUUGCACUGGAUAGUUUCAUUUCCUAUUUAAGUUGUAUGUAUGUAUGUUGUGGGUGGGGAGGGUUACUUACAUAAAAGCCAAAUUCAUGUA